UUCCCUGGCUAUCCCAAAAUGCAGUGCUUUGUUGACAGUUGUCAUAACAACUGAUAACACAUGCUCGCGGCUGACUGAGCCAUCACAAUACGCGGGUACAUGAAGACAUGGAUCUGACGUGACAGUGUGAUGGACAGAAAACCCGGACAUCUGACGAAAGACGUUCAACAGGCAGUAAAUGGGUUGACGUGGAUUAAGGUUCUAGGAAUUGGGAAUGCCUCUAGUGGAAAGACUUGCCUUAUAAAACAUUUCUGCGAAAGCAAGUAUACUACUGGGUAUCAGCCAACUGUAGGAGUGGAUUAUGGCUUCAAGAUUCAGAACAUUGGUGGAAGCGACGUGAGAGUUCAUUUGUGGGACUUGUCUGGUAGUCCAGAGUACAUCGACGUGAGAAAUGAGCUGUACACGGGGUCAGACGCCAUAUUUCUCGUUUACGACGUCACGUGUCAAGCCUCCUUUGAAAGCAUCGACUCCUGGCUGAGGGAAGCUUCAAAGUACUCGAAGGGAAAUCCCGAAAUCUUUCUUGUCGCUAACAAGAUAGACUUAAAUCAAAAGCGAGUUGUAUCUACAGCUGACGGCAAGAAAUGUGCAGGACAGCAUAAACUAAGGUACUACGAAGCUUCUGCUGCGACUGGGGAAGGAGUUGAUAAACUGUUUUCGGACUUGUUGAUGUCUAUCAUAACUGGAAGAAAAAGCGGGCCGACAUCUAGCUGCACCAAUCAGAGACGAGAUUCCAAGGUGCGAGGGUCAGGCGACACGAAAUGGAAUGCUAAACUGGCAAUCGAGAUUCAGUCCGCAGAAAUGAGAGGAAUAAAAUCAGCAAAACACUAAAAUAUAUUUUGUGUGUAUCA